AUGAGCAUCCGGACCCCACCCACACUCCUGUGGCGGACCCCACCACUCCUGUGGCUGGCGGGAGAGAGCCUGCUGAGGGACCAGGCCUCGGCCAUCGCAGCUCUGGAGUACCUGCCUGCUAAGCAGCUCCCGCUGCUGUUCAUUCAGGCCUGCCGUCGGAGAAUCCCGGAGCCCCUGACGGCCAUGGUGCAAGCCUGGCCCUUCCCUGUCCUCCCUCUGGGGAGCCUGAUGAGGCUGCCUCCGGUCAUGGUCUUACAAGCCGUGUUUGAGGGGCUUGGCUUUCUGCUUGACCAACAGGUUUGCCCCCGGAGGUGGAAACUGCGGGUGCUGGAUUUAAGGAACACGGGUGCCAACUUCUGGAGAAUGUGGUGUGGAGACAGCACCCGGAAUUGCUCACCGAUGGGACCAGUGGCUGUGCAGAGCUCCAGCCCCAACAUGGAGCACUCCUUGGCUCCCUUGGAAGUGUUCCUAGACCUUAACUUCAGUGAAAUGGAUGGGGUUAAGUUUUUCAUGUACAUCAUCCAAUGGGCCCAGCAGAAGGAAGGGUUGGUACACCUGUGCUGCAAGGCGCUGAGGAUUUAUGAGGUGCCCUUCCGGAGGGUCAGGAGGGUCCUGGAUGGGGUGCAGCUGGACUGCAUCCAGGAGGUGGAAGUGAACUGCACCUGGGACCUGCCCACCCUGGGGACAUUUGCUCGCUACCUGGGUCAGAUGAGUAACCUGCAGAGUCUCGCUCUCUGUCACAUCAAGAUGCAGAAGCUGAAGCACCUCAAGAAGCUCUACUUGGACUCUCCCUCCUUCCUCCAAGACCGUCUGGACCAGAUGCUCAGGUGCCUGCAGACCCCCUUGGACAAACUCUCCAUAUGGGAUUGCUGGCAGCUGACGCAAUCAGACUUGACACGCCUGUUCCAGUGCCCCAACCUCAGGCAGCUGAAGUCCCUGUGUCUCUAUGGCGCCAACCUCACUGAUUUUAGUCCCGAGCCCCUCCGAGCUCUGCUGGAGGCAGUGGCACCCACCCUCCAGGACCUGCGCCUGGAUAACUGUGCGAUGGUGGACUCCCAAGUCGAGGCCAUCCUGCCUGUCCUGAGCCGCUGCCACCAGCUCAGGGACUUCACCAUCACUGAGAACCCCCUCUCCGUGGCCACCAUAAAGCAGCUGCUGCGCCACACAGCCGGGCUGCACAGUUUAGAGCUCGAGCGGUACCCUGUCCCCCUGGAGUGUUACAGGACCCACGAGACUGUGGACCAGGAGAGAGUUGCCCUGAUCCGGGCUGAGCUCACGGGGAUACUGAGGGAGUUAGGACAACCCAGGACCAUCCGUCUUGUCACCAAGUGCUUUAGCUCUGGGGACUUUUAUGACGUGGCAUUUUCAUGA